AUAUUUAGAUAUGUGUCUUAUUUAACUUGUUUUGCAGGAGGCUGCCAAGUAUGAAAAGAAAGUGAUGGUCUUAGACUUCGUAACACCUACGCCUCUGGGAAAUUCAUGGGGUCUUGGAGGAACAUGUGUAAAUGUGGGCUGUAUACCAAAAAAGUUGAUGCACCAGGCAGCUUUACUGGGACAAGCCUUGCAAGAUUCACACAAAUUUGGAUGGGAGUUUACAGAAGAAGUCAAACACAACUGGAUGACUAUGACAGAAUCUGUUCAGAAUUAUAUUGGCUCACUGAAUUGGGGCUAUCGGGUAGCUCUGAGAGAGAAGAAAGUCACGUAUGAGAAUGCAUAUGGAGAAUUUGUUGGGCCACACACAGUGAAGGCAACAAAUAAAAGAGGAGUUGAAAAACUGUACACAGCUGAGAGAUUUCUCAUUGCCACUGGUGAAAGGCCACGCUACCUGGGUAUCCCUGGAGACAAGGAAUACUGCAUUAGCAGUGAUGAUCUUUUCUCCCUGCCUUAUUGUCCAGGGAAAACCCUGGUCGUUGGAGCUUCCUAUGUUGCCUUGGAAUGUGCAGGAUUUCUUGUAGGUCUUGGAUUAGAUGUCACUGUAAUGGUGAGAUCCAUUCUUUUAAGAGGAUUUGACCAGGAUAUGGCAAACAAAAUUGGUGAAUAUAUGGAAGAGCAUGGAAUCAAAUUUAUUAGAGAAUUUGUUCCAAUCAAGAUUGAACAGAUUGAAGAAGGAACUCCUGGAAGACUGAAAGUUACAGCCAAGUCUACAAAGGAUGACAAAGUAAUUGAAGAGGAAUACAAUACUGUGUUGCUAGCAAUUGGAAGAGAUGCGUGUACAAGAAAAAUUGGUUUGGACAAAGUUGGAGUGAAAAUCAAUGAAAAAACGGGAAAAAUACCUGUCGAUGACAUGGAGCAAACAAACGUGCCAUACAUUUAUGCUAUUGGAGAUAUACUGCAGGACAGACUGGAGCUCACACCAGUGGCAAUCCAGGCAGGAAGACUGUUAGUUCAAAGGCUUUACGCUGGGUCAACCAUUAAGUGUGACUAUGUGAAUGUUCCCACCACAGUAUUCACUCCUUUAGAGUAUGGAGCAUGUGGAUAUUCUGAAGAGAAUGCAAUACAGAAGUUUGGGGAAGAAAACAUUGAGGUGUACCAUAGUCAUUUCUGGCCACUGGAGUGGACUGUACCAUCCAGAGACAACAACAAAUGCUAUGCAAAGAUCAUUUGCAAUAUUCAAGAUAAUGAGAGAGUCAUUGGUUUCCAUGUCCUCGGUCCAAACGCUGGAGAAGUCACGCAAGGCUUUGCAGCAGCUAUGAAAUGUGGAUUGACCAAAGAACAGUUGGACAGCACCAUAGGAAUUCAUCCAGUCUGUGCAGAGGUUUGUAUAUGAAGGCACCUUUGUAGCCU